UAGUUCCAAGUGUAAUCUACUUGCGAUAAAGAAAAGGAUCAAUUUAUUGCAAAAGAUCAAUGUAAUCUACUGAUAUUUAAAAUUCAUGCAUCAGAGAGGUCUCAGACUCUACUCUGCUGCUUUUAAAGUUAGUCAGCACCAAGAAGUCGCUACAUACUAAAAUGAUCCAGUUUAUUGCGAUAGCCCCUAAAAAAACAUAUACGAAAAAAGGAAAGGAAAUUUUACUUAACAGGAAAUUUUCCUUUUUUUGUUUGUUUCCCAAGAUUCCUUUAGCUGCUGUAUCUAUUUAUAUCAGACCUGUUGAUCAAAUUCAGUAAAUUAGAUACGACAGACGAGAGGAUGUCUCCGUUCAAAAGAAGGAGAACACUGAAAAGUCACCGCGAAGAGUUGCUCUUGCUCCCAGACGAUGUUGUAGAGCUCAUACUCGAGAGACUUCCGGUGAAAUCUCUGCUGAGAUUCAGGUCUGUGUCCAAGAAGCUGAAAUCUGCAAUCGAUUUCCGACAUUUCCAGGAAAGACAGAUGCUACGAGGCGGUGAUCCAGACGUCCUUUUCGUGGCCACUAAUUGUUAUAAUGAUGAUGGUCGUCUCGUCAAAGAAGAUGAGGAUGCUCGAACAUAUGUGUUUGGAUCAUCAUCACGGUCCAUGUGCCUACUAAUUGGGGUGGCACUUCGGUCUAUCAUAGUACUUGUGACGGUCUACUAUGCCUCUACUCUAUUAUACAACUCGAGUCUCUGCGUCCUGAUGGAUCCCGCCACUAGAUGGCAACAAACUUUCCCUCUCUCCAACAUUCAAAACCUCUUAAUCAAAAGGUUGAGGAAAAACAUCCCAACUCCUAAGCUUGGUUUCGGUAAAGAAAAAUUUACCGGCACUUACAAGCCUCUUUUUCUAACCAACUCGUCCGGUUUUGGCCUAGACGACGUCACCACUUGCGAAGUUUUCGAUUUCACCACUCAACGCUGGAGGUACAUUCACCCUGCUUCUCCCUUUACCACUAAUCCUCACCCCAAUCCCGUUUAUUUAGAUGGCUCCCUUUGUUGGCUCACCGAUUGUGAAGUACCCAAGGUUUUGUCUUUUGAUCUUCACACCGAAACUUUUCAUGCCAUCUGUAAUGCUCCCUUUGCCCAUGUUCUUGACCCUUCGUCUGUCACCAUUUGCGUCCUCGACAAUCGCCUUUGCGUUUCUAAGAAAGACUGGCCUACCCAAGACUUAUGGUCCUUCCAUUCCAACAAGACGUGGAAGAAAAUGUGUUCCAUUGAUCUCAGUCAAAUUUCUUCUUGGCUUGCGGAACCUUUUUCUUUGCUUGAUGAACCAAAGUUCCCUCUGCACCUAUUGCAAUUAUGGACAAGCACAAGUUGCUGCUUUAAGGUGGUGAUUACUAUGGCGCCAUCUUUACACUUGAUCUCCUUACCAACUAUUAUCAUUUACUCUUCAAGUCUUCCUAUUCCCCUAUUUCUGUUUGUUGUUCUCAAUCUUUGUUUUCCGCUUAAUUUUAUUGUCUUGUUACCUCCCUUUUUGUAAUUUGUUCGGGUCAAAAACGGUUACGACAGAAUUACCACCCGAAAAUCCUCGGAGAACGUAUUUCCGAAAGAGAUAGU